CACAGAGAACGCGCGCCGGGAGCCCAAGGAGGCCAUGGCACCUCGGCGCCUCCUGUUGGUUGGAGAGGGGAAUUUCUCCUUCGCCGCUGCUCUGAGCGAGACCCUGGAUCAGAGCACUAGUCUUACUGCCACCUGCCUCCAGCUCCCGGCCGAGGUGGCUCGGGAUCCGGUGGCCCGGGAGAAUCUGCAGUGCCUGCUUGAGCGAGGUAUUGACGUACGUUUCGGCGUCGACUGCACUCAGCUGUCAGAUGUCUUUGAACUGCACGACAGGGAAUUUCAUCAGAUUUAUUUCAACUUUCCGCACUGUGGACGCAAAGCUGGCGUAGCUAAGAACAGGAAACUGCUUGCCAAGUUUUUCCAAAGCUGUGCAGAUGUUCUUGCAGAGGAAGGAGAAGUCCACGUGGCAUUAUGUAGAGGACAAGGUGGAACUCCUGUGGAUAAACCCCAGAGAAAAUGGCACAACAGCUGGCAAGUGGUUGCCAUGGCAGCCCUGGGUGGGCUUAUUUUAAGUGAUGUGUAUCCAUUCAGCUGUAAAGCUGUGCCAGGGUACAAGUGUACUGGAUAUAGACUUCAUAUUGGUGUCUAUUUUGCAAGGAGUCAAGAUAAGUCCUUUCAUGUAGAAGGUGCUUUGAACCAUGUCUUCACCAGGAGCUUACCCUUCGAAGAUUCUCAACCCAGAAUCUUCAGGAUCAAACUGGGUAACCAGUGGUUUUCCUUUCGAGAACCAGAAGCACUUGUAGGAAAGUUGAACAGGGGUUUCCUGGAAGCACCUUCAUGUCAUCCUAUCAAAACCAUAAAUGAGAAACUCAUUGCUGAAUUAGGCAAAGCUUUCCCUCUAAAAAGGCUGAAAUGUUCCUUCCCUUUGCUGCCACAGGAAGGUGCCAGUGUUCUUCCUUUCUGGAAUUGUGACUUUCUAUCAGCUGCUUUUUGGAUUAGUCUCCAUGAAGAUAACUCAAAUUCUGAGUCCCUGACUGGUGGGACAUCACAAGAUGUGGAAGACUUUCUAGUGUCAUUUUCAGAACUUAGCCUUCCCAAGAAUCCUGGAAGAGAUGGCAAAGAAGCAGCUUAUGAAGGAAUCUGUGGCCAGGCUAAGGUCUGCCUUAGACCUUCUCUCCUAGUUCAUGUUCAGGAUAUUAUCGAAGUACCAGACUUCCUCUCAGGUUCUCUGCACAUCCUCAGUGGACCUGUCUUUCAGAAGUGCCACAUUUUGCCUUUCACAAUGCCAGCAUUUCACGAGACUUUAUUUAUCCUUGGGCUUAAUAAAAAUCUGAAGGAUGGCUGUCUUCAAUCACUGCUGGAUCAUCUGAAGGGCAUUGUAGAUAGCCUGCUGACUCAGACAUCGCCAGAGAUCUCUAAGCUGAGCAGUUUAGUUGAAUUUGUCCUUCAGUCAAAUGGAAAGGAUUAUAUGAUUCAUGUAAAGACUGAUAAUUUUAGCCCAGAUUAUACUGAGGAUCUAAUUAUUGGGUCUGUUACCACAUCUGCAACAAGCAUUAUACAUAAAGACCAGUGUUUUGUGUUUGUGUCCAUGAACUUGGACUUACUAGCCAUGCUUGUCUGGUGUAUCUCUGACUGGAGAAUGUUGUGGACGUUUGAUAACCGUUUCCUGAAAAAUUUCGUCCCUGGAAAAAUAGAACCCUUUAAAAGUCAUUCUCUGUAUCCUCCAUGUUACGUCCAUGAUAUUAGUUUUUGGAUAGAUGAGAAGAAAGGAUUUGAUGAACUAGAGUUUCACACUGUGGCCCGAGCAGUGUCCCAGGACACUGUUAUAUCCAUACAGUUUCUUAGCCGUUAUCAGCAUCCAAAGACUCAACAGGUCAGUCUCUGCUAUAGAUUGACCUACCAGACCUGUGACAAGGCCCUCACCCAGCAGCAGGUAUCAUCAAUGCAGUCCCAGUUUAGGAAGGAGAUUCAACAACGCCUAUAUGUUACACCUCGGUAGUUUAAAUUCUUUUCUACGGUGUGAUCCUACAUUGGGGGGGAUGUGGAGGAAAAUGACCAACUUCUAAUCAGUAGUCCUUUCUGGAUUUUUUUUUUAAUCUUUUACUUUGUGACCAUAGCUGCUGUUGGUUGAUCCUAAAGAUACCUUGACUCUGUCACUUAAACUUAUAGAUUAUAAUGUACGUAAUUGGUGACAUUUGGAGUUGUGCAAUAUUUUGGUCCUGAGAAGUGACUGAAACAAUAAGCAAAACAGCAUUUUGUACUCAAGAUGCUCUAUUGCUGAAGGAGGCUGUAGAACUUAGGAGUCUCAUUAAAUACACAUAUGUUUUCCACACUGUAAAUUAUUCUUCCCUCAACUUUCUUGUAUCACUUCAUUAAAUCACCUUAUGAAAGUAAUUUUUGGAGUCAGACCAACAUUUAUUAGCUUCGUAAGUUGUAAGUAUUCCAUAUUAGUUUUGGUAUUGUUAUCAUCAUCAUAAUUUUAAUUCUGUGGUUGACUUGUUAAAGUCAUGGAACUAAUAAAGCUUCAGAUUUAGGGUUAACAUUUGGAUCCUCUAAAGCCCAUGUUCUUUCUGCCACUUUGUUACUUUUUUGCUAGUCUUAACAGUAAUUGUUCAACUGUGAUUAACUCCAAACUUUGCCUCUCUAGAUUUUGGGGCCUUCUGUUAUAAGUACCUCCAAGGGACACUGGAAAAUUAACUUAGCCUAGGUUUCUGCAGGAUGCGGUACUCUAAUGUGAAGUAAUGUAUGCUCCUGUUCAUAGUUAGGCUCCACAUUUGGGAUUAUAUUCUGUGAGGGACAUGACUGUCUUAUUUAUUCUUGGAGAAAAGCAUUUAGGAAAGCAAAAAUGGAAGCACAGAGACAAAUUAGGAGGUUAUUGCAGUAAUGCAAAUGAAAACAUGAUGACCUGGACCAAGGUAGUAAAAUGUUGGGUUGGAUAAUAUUUGGAAGGACUUGCUGAUGCAUUAAAUGUUUGUGUGUGGGUGAGAGAGGUGUGGGGUUAGAGAAAUAAAGGAAUUAAGCAGGA